CCUGACCUCCUUUCCCUGCACCUCUUGCAAGGUUUCCAGAGCACGCAGCUUUCCUCAGUCUGUUACCACUCCCAGCACGAAAACUCCAUCACCGUCCAUUCACAAGUCUCCUUCGUCGCGUUUGGCACCAAGAAUCCCCAGCCUGCACCAGCAAGUUUUCUUUCGACACCCCUGGUGUACAUAAGAGCAAAAGAGAACAAUAAUAAAGACCUUGACCUGAAUUUGUCCCUCUGGGUGUGAUUUCCAAGUCACGCGACAUGUCUGCAUCACCCACGUCGACCACCGCAAUGUCUUCAGCGAAGCGACCCCUGGAAGAUCCCUCCUCCCCAUCGGCCCCAACUGACCUACCAGAAGCAAAACGGCCAGCUCUUGAUAAGGUGGUCAAGGAAGAAACUGCAGUGGAAGGCUCUCACUCAAUCGACGGUGCUGUUGCUGAGAGCACAAUACCCAGAGAAGAGCAUGCUUUACCUGCACCAGUCACAAACGGAGCUACCGUAUCACACGCAGAAGUCCCUGCUCUGCCAGCAGCAAAUGGAGGUGCAUCCUUGCCACCUGCAGAUGCCCUGCCCCUUCCUUCUACAGCAUCCCAGUCUGAGCGAGCUACGUCUCAGGCGCCUUCUACGACUCCACAGGAUGAGACGAGCUGGAUUCACAUUCGUGCUGUAAUUUCAAGCGCAGAGGCUGCAACCUGCAUUGGAAAGGGUGGCGAGAACGUCACGCAGAUUCGAAGACUUGCCGGUGCAAAAUGUACCGUCAGUGACUAUUCUCGCGGCGCUGUCGAACGGAUUUUGACAGUUAGUGGGGCCCAAGACGCCGUUGCGAAGGCAUUCGGUCUCAUCAUUCGCACUUUGAAUAACGAACCGCUUGAAGCCCCCUCCACGGCGCAGUCCAAGACCUAUCCCUUGCGACUACUCAUUCCACAUAUCCUUAUUGGGUCGAUCAUUGGCAAGUCUGGUGUUCGUAUUCGAGAAAUCCAGGAGGCUUCUGGAGCUCGACUGAAUGCAUCUGACACAUGCUUGCCACUUUCCACUGAACGGUCCUUGGUGGUGUUGGGCGUUGCCGAUGCUGUUCACAUUGCUACAUACUAUGUAGCUGUGACGCUGGUCGAGCAGCUGACGGAACGAUUCGGCGGUCCCGCUGCCUCGGCCUACGCAACCAGGAGUGGUGGUCCUGCUGGUGUCGUUCCUGGUGGCAUGCAGGUGGUGCCAUAUGUACCUCAACCUGCCGGAGGUCAAUAUGGCCAUCCUGACAUGUACAAGAGACACAACACCCAGCCGCCUCAGCGUAUGCCACCACAGCCUUAUGGUGCUCCUCAAAUGCACAUGCCUCCUCAGCAACCAUAUGCUCCCAACGCCGCACCUUAUGCGGCCACACCGCGCACGCCCAGUUAUGGCGGCGCCAUGCCUCCUCAGCCAGCGGCGGCGGCCUAUGGACAAAUGCCACCUCAACCAGGGCCACAUGGCCAACCAGCACAACCAGCUCACGCCAUUCCGGGCCAGCCCAUCACACAGCAGAUAUUCAUUCCCAACGACAUGGUCGGAGCUAUCAUCGGCAAAGGCGGCGCCAAGAUCAACGAAAUUCGGCACCUCAGUGGCAGUGUCAUCAAAAUCAAUGAACCUCAAGACAACAGCAAUGAACGAUUGGUCACUAUCACCGGGACGCAAGAAUGCAACCAAAUGGCCUUGUACAUGCUGUAUUCGAGAUUGGAAAGUGAAAAGCAUCGCAUUUAGGUCAACGACUCCGGAUGUUGAGCCCGGUAUUCUGCUAGGCUUCUUUGUGGAGGACGAUACUUGAUUCUUCGGGGAACAGGGGACUGCUGGAGCUGGGACGAUAUGAUGAAGGUCAAAGUCGUUGCAUCAUGUUGCCAUGAUGGGACAGUGGAUCGAGAAUGAAAAGUAGUCGAGUGAUUUUCAGCAGGCCGAAUCAAUCGUCCUGGGUCAGAGAUGAUAAUUCCUCGGCCAAAUUAAUACUUGUAUCAUCAUAGAUUGCCUUAUCAAAAAUCCAUUCGCCUUGCUUUCAAGCACCUCA